CGACGGCGGUCGCCGAAGCAUUCCAGGCCCACCUGACUUGCAUGACCGGCCAGCGCGCAUUAUAAACCGACGGCGCACGCGUACGCCAGCUCAACCUACGACACCAUGCGCGAGAACGAGCUCACCGCCCCCGUCUCACUCACGCAGAACCACAAGUUCAACCGCGCCGCCCACGGAUGGGCGCGCCAGCCGAUCGUGGACACGUCGGGAAUCCAUGACAGGAAGGACGACAACCCCGGCUGGGGCAGCAACAAGCGAUGGGAGUACUGGUGCGUCAUGACGCCCACGCACCUCCUCGCGUGUACCGUGGCGAGCCUCGACUUCCUCGCGAGCGCCGAGGUGUGGAUCUUCGACCGCGCAACCAACGCCCCGGUGCUAGAGAAGGGCACCGCUGCGCUGGGCGACGACGGCAGCCGCGCCGCCACGCUCCCGGCGCAGGUGGAGAGCGGGACGGCGAGCUACGUCGGCGGCGGCGUCGAGGUCGUCAUCGAGCAGGUGGAGGGUGGGACGCGGAUCCGGGCGUCUGCGGACGGCGGGGGCUUCGAUGUCUUCGCUGCGCGCCCAGAGGGACACGAGCGCCUCGCUGUCGUCGUGCCAUGGAGCGACACGCUGUUCCAGUACACCGUGAAAGACGUGUCCCGGCCCGCCUCGGGAACCGUCACGGUCGGCGGGGUCACAACGCAGCUGGUCGAGGGAGAGAGUUGGGCCGUGCUCGACCACGGGCGUGGGCGCUGGCCGCCAUCGUGUACCUGGAACUGGGGCGCUGGAUGUGGGCGUGCGACGGAUGGGCGGGUCAUGGGGCUGCAGUUCGGCGACCAGUGGACGGACGGGACGGGGAGCACCGAGAACAGCUUCAUGCUCGCUGGAAGGCUGUACAAGAUCUCGGAGAAGCUCAAGUGGGAUUACGACAUCAAAGAGCCGCUCGAGAAGUGGCGCGUCCACGGUGCGGGGCUUGACGCCACGCUCACCCCGUUCUACGACAAGUUCUCGCAGACCGACGCCAAAAUAGUCAGCUCGCGCACCGACCAGUGCUUUGGCUACUGGAGCGGGAGCUUCAACACGGGCUCUGAGGUGGUGCAUUUCGAGAAUGUUAUUGGGUUUGCCGAGGAUGUCGAGCGAAAGUGGUAGAUGCGGGAUGUAUCUUGGAG